UCUAAUUCGACCCCUGUGGUUGCUCGCAAGUGGGUUUAGGGGAUUUUGAAAAAUUGAUUGCCCAACCCAGUCAGCAAAAUUGGGGGGUUUUGUCCUCUUCUUGUAUGUCAUACAGGUUUGGUUCUGAGUUGUGAGUAGAGUUAGAAACAGAACCAUGGCAUCAGUCUUAAGAGUUCUAUCAGCGACGAGAAGAGUUUUAGAAAUUCCGAGUAGCUCUCAGUCUCAGCGUUGUUGGCUAAGUAACCAAGCGUGCUUGCUUCGGAGGUUGAUGGAGGAACCCAAAUCGCGAAUCAAAACCCUUCUUGCUUCUGCGGCGGAGAAAGACUCUGCCUCUGAUUUUUCUUGGGAAUCACUCGUUAGUUCUCUCGCUUCUUCUUCCUCUCCUGACAAAACCCACUUGGUUCUGGAAUGGAAAUUGGAGAAGUUGCUAAAGGAGAAUGAGAGAGAUCAUGAUCGUUACUGUGAGCUGAUAUCUCUAUGUGGAAAAGUUCGGAAUCUUCCACUUGCAAUGCAAGUCUUUUCUUCUAUGGAGGCUAAUGGAGUUCAACCCACUUCUGCAGUUUUCAAUUCCCUUAUUCAUGUUUGCUUCUCUUCCGGGAAUUUGUUCACUGCUAUCAGCUUGUUUGAGAUUAUGGAGAGCUCAGAGGGAUUUAAACCUGAUUCCGACACUUACGAUGCAUUCAUGUCUGCUUUCUUAAAGUCGGGCAAAACUGAUUUGAUGCAAGCUUGGUACUCUGCCAAGAAAGCUGCUGGCUUUGAUUCUGAUAUUCAAACCUAUCAGUCUCUGAUUUCGGGUUGUAUCAAAUUGAAAAAGUAUGAGCUUGCUGAUAUGUUCUACAAAGAAAUGGUAUUAUCGGGAAUCUGGCCCAACUUACCCAUAUUGGAGUAUAUGCUGGAAGGGCUUUGCAAGAGGAGAAGCUCUGGCCAAGUCAAAGAAUUUUUGGCGAUGGUGUGUGGUUAUGGGUGGAAGAUGAGUGAAAAAAUGGCUGAGAUGGUUGUGGGGUUGCAUAUCGAACUUGGGAAGGUGGAGCGAUUGGAGGAGCUACUCGAGACUUUAAUGGAGAGUGAUCAGACUUCGGAAGUUUUGUUGCCGGUCCACUAUGGGAUUAUAAGGAUGUACGCCAUGUUGGAUAGAUUAGAUGAUGUAGAGUACUCUGUGGGUAGAAUGUUGAAACAAGGAUUGUCAUUUAAACAUCCAGAUGAUGUAGAAAGGGUGAUAUGCUCGUACUUCAGGCUCUCCGAGUAUGAGAGGCUGGAGUUGUUCUUGGAAUGUAUCAAGGGUUCUUAUGAACUUACAGGAUCGACUUAUGAUUUAUUGGUUGCUGGCUAUCGAAGAGCCGGGUUAUCUGACAAGUUGAGUGAUAUGAAACUAGAUGGUGGAUCUUCAUAGCAUCCAUCCUUGAAAGGAAGAUACAUGGAGAAAUUACAUUAGCAGAGACAAGUGCUUCAAGAAGAAGACAGUAUCCUACGUUCCUACUCUUGUAACUUAAUUGUUGUCACAAUGUCACCUACUCCAACUGCACAUGUUUCUUUGUAUCUUUUAGCAAGACACUGCCAAUAAGAAAAGCCAAUCAUAGUCUUGUAUAUGAA